ACUGCGCAUGCGCAUGACUGAGCUCAGUCGGAAGCGAAGUCGAGCUAAUCUAAAGGAGGUCUCCAUCAGAAACCGAAAAUAAAAGAGCCAUGUCAGGAUUUCUGGACGGAAUCCGAUGCGGAGACUGCGAGUGCAAUGUGGACUGGGGCGAGAGAAGAAACGCCAUCGCUUCUGUAGCUGCUGGAGUUCUGUUCUUCACAGGGUGGUGGAUCAUCAUCGAUGCAGCCGUGAAAUAUCCAGAUCAGGGACAGUUCCAUCAUGCCUAUCACACCUGUGGAGUCAUCGCAACAGUGGCUUUUCUCAUGAUAAAUGCUGUUUCAAAUGGCCAGGUGAGAGGAGACAGCUACAGUGAAGGCUGCAUGGGACAGACAGGCGCACGAGUGUGGCUGUUCAUCGGCUUCAUGCUGGCCUUUGGUUCUCUCAUUGCCUCCAUGUGGAUUCUGUUUGGAGGAUUCGUAGUGCCUCAGAAAGCUGUUGUGUACCCGGGUAUUGCCAUCUUCUUCCAGAAUGCAUUCAUUUUCUUUGGGGGCUUGGUCUUCAAGUUUGGACGUACAGAGGAUUUGUGGCAGUAAUGGACUUUUGUGUCUUUGUGUGUCCGCUGUUAAACACUUUGCUUUCUGUAUGGUGUGAGACAAUGCUUUAGUGGUUGUCCACUUUAUAUAUAAAUAUAUAUAUAAACUUUUUUAGCAUUGAUUUAAAAUGUUUAAUUUAAACUGUUUUCUGUACAAUGGCUAAAUCGUGGCUAAGCACAAACUAUUCAUUGUGAGUUUGAAUAUUUGGCACAUCUUCAAAUGUAGCCCUGUUAAGUUUGAAUGGUUCACAGCUUGUGUAUAACAAAAAGUGUGUAUUCUGAAAGCACCAAACUUCAUACACACUGAAUAUAUUUGGGCUUAAUGUUUUAAGACACUGCACGCACGGGCAAAUACUGAAUGUAACCGUAUGAGGUUGUUCGUGUUUCUCUUGAAAUAACACUCUGAACUCUGAAGCUUUGCCAUCAUCCACAUUUAUUGUUCAUGGUUAGUUUUGCUUGGACUUUAAUGACCAGAAAUCAACAAAGGUUUCACAACUGUAUAUUUUGUUUGCGUACUAGAGAUUUGUACUUUACUGCAACACUUCAAUUUUGCUUGUUUAACAGCCGAACCAUGACGUCAUUGUCCGGCAAUCAUGGCAGCAUUAACAUACACAUACCAAACAGUGAAUAAAUCUUUCAUUCAUCGUU